AAGUGAUUGUGUAUGUCUGGCUAAGGCUACGCUGCCUUCACGUAGAUUUGUUGUCUCUUACCUCCUCUCUUUACUCUGUACCCCUCUCUUUAAAUGCGCACUCACGACCUCUCUUCUCCACCUCUCUUCUAUUUUGUAUUUUGAAGCAAGAAAUUCAAAGACAAGCUGAAAAACAGGGCAGCCAAUCAGUUGAAUUUCUUCAGACAUUUCAAGAAAUCUCCCCACUAUUUUGGGAGGAACUUCCUUAAUUAAUCCAAGAAUAAGAAGAACAGAGAAAACCCACCCCCACACUCGCCGUGUUUACUGUGUAGCCCGGCGUCGAUUGCUGCCUUCACCCACCACGCGCCACCUUCUGAGGAUGGCAUAUCUCUUGCUCUGCACAUCAUCCAUAGAAGUUGUGUAAGCAUUUCCAGGUGCCGGGAGAGGAAUUUCCUGGAGGUGUGAUUGGUUGGGGGUGAAGGAAGGAGGGAGCGGGAAUUUGAUCGUACUAGGUUGGUUUUUUGCAAUGACGAGGCAAAUCACGCUGCGGAACACGGGGUCGGCGGAUCGCCGGCAGGCCGGUUGAUGAAGAAGGGACUGCUGCCGCCGCGGAGGUGCAACUGCGACGAGAAGGAGUUCCAAAUCCACCCGGUGACGAGCCCCGUCGCCAUGUUCAACGCGCUGGAAGCAUCCGACGAUAAGGAAGUAGUCGAGCUUGAGAAGGAAAUGUGGGAUAAGUUCUACGGCGCCGGCUUCUGGAGGAGCCCCUCACAAAGAAGUGAAAUCUAAUAACCGCAGUAAAUAAAAAUAAUUACUGGAAAUAUAUUUAGUAUUUCAUAAAUAUUAAUAAUUACAAUCUUUCUACUUUUAUUUUUAACCUUUCUUGGUAAAUUAAUUUUCCCAAUCUUUUCUGAGAAAAAUAAACUCCUUUUUUAUUUUUUCACAAAAUAUAUUAUGGCGUACAACUUAUGAAAAUCUUGGUCCAUUUUGAAGCUAGAACGAUGUUUUGGUACGGGUGUAAUAGUGAGAAAUUUUAUAAUUAUUACGAUAAAAUUUUGUCGUUAGACAAAUUUAUUAA